ACCUGCUGGGGAUGGUGCAGGAGGAGCACAUGGGAAUGCUGUUGUGUGACUGAUCUGGGGCUGUUGUUCUUUUGGCAUGGUGAUGCAGGUACAGGUUAGCUGGUGCAAAGUUUGAAAUACCCUAAUUAAAGUGGAUCAGUUGUGUUGGAUCUUUCAGCUUUUAAUCAUCAAAUCUUUUUCACUUAUCCAAACUGAACUGUUUAAAGUAUUAUCCCAGUAACUAAUGGUCAAGUUGAAUUUUCCUUGCUUACUUGGUUUCUUAGGAUGUUUUAACAUUAAUACUUCUUCAGGUUUUGCUCAGCUUUCCCUUUUCUGUCCUUCCUUUGCCAUCCUUGUGUUAGUUUAACCUCUUCAGUGCCUCUCUGAGGAGCUCUUCCAUCCUGAGUGAUCUUCCUCCUCACGUGUUAGUUUUUCCAGGCUGCUGUUUGGCUGGGUCAGGGAGUCAGACCUGUUCCAAAGGUGGCUGCCCAUCCUCCUGCCUCCCCCUGCCCUUCCUUCCUUCCCAUCCUGCACCUUCCAUCUGGCAGAGAGAAAUGUAGCGGCACCACAGGGGAGCACCAAGCUGCUUGCCAUGAAGGCACCAGUUGAAUUUCGUAAAAUGUUGUCUUCCAGCUCUCUCCUGCUGUCUGCAGACAAAGGUGAGAGCAGUUCUAGUACCACCCUCAAGGAAGCUGCAGAAUCUGCUGAAGACACGAGGAUGCCCAAGCCAAGAAAAACUCAGGUUGCGUUUCCGCAGCGAGGAGUUGUUUCCUCCCGUGAGGGGGAAAAGCUCAGCACACCUGCAAGAGGAGGAGGCCUGAGGAAAAAGUUAGCUGAGAAACAGUCUUCAUCUUCAUCCAGUUCAGAUUCUAGCUCAGAUUCUGAGGAUGAAAGUGUUGGUGAUUCAAAAGUUGCCACUAAAACUAAAGUUGAGUUUCCCAGACGAGAUCCCAUCUUUUCUGAGAAUAUAGCAGCAAAGGCAUCCAUGCUGGCAAAAGAGAAAUUGUCCCAGAAAUCCCUCAAAGAAUAUGGAAUUAAGAAGCUGCCACGCAAACCAGAAAUUGACGUCUCUCCUGUUAAGCAGAUCAACUUUUCUAAAACAUCAGUCAGCCAGGAAACAUCAAAACCCAAAGCAAGAGACCCCAAAGUAAAAUCCCCUCCAAAAGAACAGAAGCUGGGCUUAGAACCACACGUGCUGAAAAGUCGGGGCCUCAGCGAUGUCACUGCUAAAUCUGAUCUUGUGGAGGGAAAGUCCACUAGACUGAAAGCCUCAGCAGUGACUCAGGAAGACAAAAAGCAAGAUCUGCUCUCCAGAGGAGAGAAGGAAAAGAUGAAGGAGGCACAGAAGUUGGAAGCAAAAGAAGUGACUGCUCCUAAAGUGGAAGAGACUUCUGGAAGCAGAACGUUGGUGAUGGGCACCACAGCAAAGGAGGAGACCACGCAGGAAGGAGCCCAGGCUGGAGAAGGCAGCACAACAGAGGAGCCAGCUCAGCCUGCUCCAGAGGAGGAAUGGGACAAUUCCACCUACAAGAACCUGCAGCACCACGACUACCACACGUUCACCUUCCACGAUUAUGUUGCCAUCCUUGCAAAGUACAGGCAGCCUCAGCCAUCCUCUGGAAGACCAUCCCCAAGGCACUGAGACAGCCACACCUACAGCAAACACCCAGGCAGGAUGGGGAAUUGUUCUGUUUAGCACUGUUGCUUCAUCUGUAUCAUUGAAAUCAGAUAAUAAAUAAUAAUAAAGGCUUAAUAACUUGGGCUUUUGAACAGUU